AUGUCUCACCUUCAAUAUUUCUCUUACAAGGGCGUCGGUGAACGCAACCGCCAAAAGUUCAGAUACAGCCAAGCUGUUCGGAUCGGCGACCGCAUUGAAUGUGCAGGCCAAGGUGGCUGGAAUCGUGAGACUGGCGAAAUCUUCCGAGAGAUCAACGCGCAGAUUGAUCAAGCUUUCGCCAACGUUGAGCAUAAUCUUAAAGAUGCUGGUGGUGAAGGUUGGAGCCAGGUCUUCCGUGUGAACUCAUAUCACGUUCCCAUCAAUGACGAGGCGCUGGCAGCGAUGGUCCGUAACUUUGAGAAGUAUAUGCCGGGACAUCAGCCUAUCUGGACAUGCGUUGGCGUUUCUCGGCUGGGUGAGGACGAUAUGCGCGUUGAGAUUGAAGUCGUGGCGCAUGUACCACAAUAA